CUCUGUGAUGUCGCCAGAGACUUCCUCUGCGCAAGAUGGCACCGGCAACGGCAGGCCGACCAAGUUGGCCAGCAGUGGCAUGAAGCCGCCGUCCGCAACCAGGCGCGAGUACCACAUGGCUCCAGAAUGGCUUCUCCAUCAGUCAUUGUACAGCGGGGCCAGCGUCAGAGGUCGUCAGCCUCCAGGCGCCGCCCUGCAUCAGACAACACUGACCCGUCACCUCGCGGGCUCAGACAAGAUCCGCCGUGUUCCAUGGCGCGUUUCGCCGGCCCAACCGGCUAUUCUGGCGUCGGUCGCUAAUAUCUGGGCGGGUUUCCAAGAAUUGACGCUCCAGAGUCUCACCCCGAGUGAAGAGGUCGACAGCAUCCACUGUGUGUUCUGCCUGACCGAGGAUGAAGACCAUGCAAAUGAUGCCGAGCGCUCUCUCAUCUAUCUUGCGUGGAAGAGUGGUUGGAAAGGCGAGAUACAGGCUUUAGCACCUCCUGCUGUGUGUGUCGAAACGAAGGUGCCCUAG